AUGGCCCAGCAAGAUUUGAAACACGUUCCUGAAUCCAUCAGAAUGGUGCUAAUUGGACCACCAGGUGCCGGAAAAGGUACUCAGGCUCCAAACUUGAAAGAGCGUUUCUGCGCCUGCCAUUUGGCUACCGGUGACAUGCUAAGAUCGCAAGUUGCACAGAAGACUGCUCUUGGCCUGGAAGCCAAGAAAAUCAUGGACCAGGGUGGUUUGGUGUCGGACGAGAUCAUGGUCAACAUGAUCAAGCACGAGCUGACGACAAACUCGGAGUGUAAGAAUGGAUUUAUCUUGGACGGGUUCCCAAGAACAAUCCCACAGGCCGAGAAGCUGGACCAGAUGUUGCUCGAGCAGAACAGACCUCUGGAAAGAGCUGUUGAAUUGAAGAUCGACGACGAAUUGUUGGUCUCCAGAAUCACCGGCAGACUGGUCCACCCAGCCUCUGGCAGAUCCUACCACAAGAUCUUCAACCCUCCUGCCAAGGACAUGAAGGACGACGUCACCGGCGAAGACCUCGUCCAGAGAAGCGACGACAACGCCGACGCUUUGAAGAAGAGACUUGGUGCCUACCACCAGCAAACCGAGCCAAUUGUCGAUUUCUACAAGAAGACUGGUAUUUGGGCCGGUGUUGACGCCUCUCAACCUCCAAAGACUGUGUGGUCCGACAUCUUGAAGUGUCUCGGCAACUAA